AACCUAAAUCCGUCGAUUCUGAAAAUAUAAGGCAAGAUUUACCCAUAGAAAAUCGUAACAAGUCUUCCAGUCCGGAGGACACUUUCCGUUCCCUACAACAAUCGAUCGACAUCUGAGACUUCAAACGAAGAUUUUGAGGCGUCAACUUCUGCUUCUGGAUCUGCAUAUAGUCAACCAUGAGACGGAGCUUGGGAAAGCUUUCACAACCUGUUAUCGGCCACACGAGCAGAAAAGCCCUUGUCUUGUCAUCAUCAUCAUCUGAUUUCUCUACAUCUGCUGGAAAUGAUGGUGGCGGCAGAGGGCGGGGCCGAGGAUCUGAUUUCCCCAAGUUCGGUGUCAUAGAUUCUGUUCCUGGUAAGAAUGAGCCACCAACUCCUGAAGACAAGAAACCCUUCUCCCCUCCACUCGGUCGUGGUCAUGGUCAUGGUCGGGGGAAACCUCAAUUUUCUUCUUUCGGGGCGCCAGGUGUCAAUACUGUCGCUGGCCGUGGUCGUGGACAAACGACACCUGUCCCACCUUCUCAAUCUGAUGAUACUUCACAACCUAAGAGACCUAUAUUCUUUCGCAAGGACGGAGACGUAAUUUUACCUCCAAAAGCAGAAACCCAAGAGAAGACUAAGACUAAUCUCCCAUCAAGCAUUUUGUCGGUUUUAUCCGGUGCGGGUCGUGGAAAGCCCGCCCAACCAACAGCAAAUGUUGGCACUGAAAAGGGCGAGGAAGUAAAUCGCCAUAUCAAACCCAGACAACAACAACAACAACAACAACAACCAGUAGUAAAGCCUCGACCAAGUUCCCCUAAAAUGAGUCAAGAAGAGGCGAUCAACAAGGCUAGGGGGAUACUUUCAAGGGGCGGUGAUGUGGUCGGUGAAGAUGGUGGAGGGUUUAGAGGAGCGGGUGGUCGUGGUAUGGGAGGUCAACGGGGAGGUUGGACUGGAAGGGGUAGGGGGAGAGGUAGGGGUAGGGGUAGAGGGAGAGGAAGGGGGAUGUCUGAGUUUGAUGAGAAUGAGGAAGAUGAGGAAGAAACAGAGCUUGACAAAGUGAAUGCUGAAAAGCUUGCUAAAUAUCUUGGUCCUGAGAAGUUUGACAUUUUGACUCAAGCAUUUGAAGAAGCCAGUGCAAAUGUGUUACCCUCUCCUGAAGAAGAUGCCCAUGUGGAUGCAAUGCAUACCAAUCUUUUGUUGGAGUGUGAAGCAGAAUACUUAAUGGCUGAGUUUGAUUCGAAUCCUGACAUUGAUGAGAAGCCUCCUGUACCUCUUCGAGAUGCUCUUGAGAAAAUGAAGCCCUUCCUAAUGGCUUAUGAAAAUAUUCAAACCAACAAAGAGUGGCAGGAUGUUGUGGAAGAGACGAUGAAGAAUGUGCCUCUAAUGAAAGAACUUGUGGAGUUCUAUAGUGGGCCCAACACUAACAGGGUGACUGCUAAAAAACAAGGGGAGGAGCUUGAGAGAGUUGCAAAUACUCUGCCUGCAACUGCACCUGCCUCUGUCAAGCGAUUUACUGAUCGAGCUGUUCUCUCUCUCAAGAGCAACCCAGGUUGGGGAUUCGACAAAAAAUGUCAGUUUAUGGAUAAGUUGGUUUCCGAGGUUUCACAGACUUACAAAUGAAUCAGUCACACAGACACAGACAAACAUUACUACUACUCAUGGUAACAUCACCCAUCAACUGCAAUGUUUUUUUCUUUUACUUGGUUAUAUACUUUUUGUAGUUUGUAAUAAUAAUACAUGCUUUGAUUGAUUCAACAGCGUCCACAAAGGGUGAUUCCUCCUUUUUUUAUGCUGAAUUUGAUAGUAACUCCA